CAACCAUUGUCAAAAAUUUUCUUCAGAGGCGGCAGUCCGUUUUAGAACUUGUGAGAUAAAAUAAGAACGUUAUUCUACGAUUGCAUAAAAUAAACUUAAAAACAUUAUUGUGAAACGUAUUGUGAAUAUAAUAAAAUAGAUAAAAGCAAAAUGCGAGGACGCGGCGGAUAUAUUCCACGUGGAGGUGGCUACGGAAAUAUGCGUGGCGGUGGCGGAGGCGGUAACUACUACAACAAUCGCAACUCCAGCAAUUACGUGAAUACGCGUACUCAGGGCAAUUAUCGUCCCAACAAUGGACGCUACGAGAACAACUAUAACAACAAUCGGUACAGUGGAGGUGGUGGUGGAGGCGGAGGCAGCGGUAACUCCAAUAAUGAACACUAUGAUAAUCGGAAUCGCGACAAGUUCAAUCAUCAUAAUUCAAGCACUGGUGGACGCUAUGACUCCGGCUCUAGCCACAAGCGUAGCUAUGAUACAUCUAGGGAUCGCAAUGAUGACCGCAAACGGCCUCGUCAAGACGAUUAUCGUCGCACGUCCUCGUCAAAUGAUCACAACGAUCGCCCAUCGUCAUCAUCGCAGAAUAUGGGCUCAUCAUCGUCCAGUUACCAUCCACGCAGCAGCACUGGCGGCGGCGGUGGUGGCAGUGGCAGCGGCGGUGGCGGCAGCUCAAGUUCGUAUAGGCCACGUGAAGAAUCGGGCAGUCAGCGACAUCAACGCGACUCCUCGAUGGGUCCGCCAAAGCGCCCGCUGUUGCGAAGUGUUGCUGGCAGCAAUUAUAUAUCGAGACCGCGAGGCUCAAUGACCAUACGCGGCGGCAUAAUACGCAACAACAUGCGGGGCAUGGGCACCAUGAGGAUUGUGCGUCCACGCAUCAAUGAAUCCAACGAUUUGCGCACCAUGCGCCGCCAGCUGCUCUAUGCCCAGCAAAAAGAUCGGGCACGCUUGCUCAAGAUACAACAGCUGAAAAGCUCGUUGCGUCGUCAACGCCAGAGGAACAGCAGCGGUCGCUCUAGCGAUGACAACGAUGACUCUGAUAACAAGGAUGGCGAUACUGAGAAAAGCAAGAAGAAGAAAGCCAAUGACGAUGAUGAAGGCGAGGAUGACAAUGAGGAUGAGGAUGACGACAAUGAUGGUAACGACGAGAAAGAUGCAGCCGAUGGAGAUGGAGAGAAGAAGAGCGAGACGACUAAAAAGUCGUCGCAGCAAAAACGCAGCACCAAAACAUCGUCCCAUGAUGAUGCCGAGGGAAAGUCCAAUGAGGCCAAGAUCAAGAAAGAAGAGGUCGAUGACGAUGACCACGAUGCUGGCAAUGAGACGGAGAAAAAGAAGUCCGACGAUGAGGAAGAUGAUGAGGGAGGCAAGACCGAUGAUGCUGGCGAUGCUGCUGAUAAGCCCAAAGAGAAGAGCAAGUCGUCGAGUACAGCCGAAAAGUCGUCAAGUAAAAAGAAGAGGGACAAAGAUGGCGAUGACAAAGAGUCCAAGUCAAAGAAGUCCAGCAAAAAGGAUCGUUCAUCGCGCAAGGAGAAGGACGACAGCGAUGAGGAGCGCAAAGAGCGUCGCACUAGUUCUCGUCAUCGCGACGAGGAUCACAACAAUCUGCGCAAGCGCACGUUCAUCAAGCUCACCUGCGUCCACUGCCGCAUCAAGUGUGUGACCUUUAAGGAAUAUCAUUAUCAUCUCAACUCGCGCACACACAAGAACUCGAUGCGCACAGUGGCGUUGAGGCAACGUGCCGACUUGCAACGCAUGCGCGCCCGUCAACGGACCACACAGCGUGAGAUUGAGGAGAACAGCAAGGAGGAGUACGAGUCGCGCUAUUGCCGCCUUUGUCGUUUGGCCUAUCGCCAACCUAAGAAUCUGCAUCAGGCAUCGGAGCACCACAAGACCAUUAAGAAGUUCUUGAUGCCCUACUGUGGUUCCUGUCAUUUGGCCUUUAAGAAUGCCAUGCUGUACGAGAACCAUCGCUGCUCCUUGGAGCACAUUCGAAAUAAGGCACGCAAUGAUGAGUCUGGAUCAGAGGAUAGUGUGGAUGAGCGUGAGAUAGAUUUGAACAAAUUCCUCACAGUUGAUUCGGUGGGUGAGAUCGAUGAUGACAUCAUGGAUGCCGAUGUGGAUGCCAUGCUGCUGGAGGCUGAAACUGCUCAAAAGAGCGAGGAUGAGGAGACACGCAAACGCGGCCUCAUUGGCAUGGACUUUAUUAAGUCUGUGGAAACAUUCUUCUGUGAAUUGUGCAAUCAUUACUCCCAAAAGCAGGGCGAUGUGACCUUGGAGGAGUACAUCAAGAAGCAUUCUCUGCAACACUCGCAUGUUAAGAACUAUUUACGGCAUAAGGAAGAGACUGAGAAAAAGAGUAAAUCUGAAGCUGGUGAUGAUGAAAUGGAAGGCGAUGAAGAUUUACAUGAACCGAAAGAUAUAGACGAGGCUGAGGCCGAUGAAGAUAUUGAAAUGGACAUGAAGGAAGAUGAUGAAGAUUACGAGGCUGAAGAGGAUGUAGACGAAACUCAUAAUGAUGCACUUUGGGAGGAUGUGGAUAAAGAUCUCGGUGACCUCUUGGCAGAAGUGGAACCACUAGGUCAGGAACACGAGGAGGAUGAAGAUGAGUCCGUCCUGAAUAUUGACAUUGAGAGUGAGAAGAACAAGGCUAACAAGGAUGAGGCCAAUGGCAAUGCUGAUGAGGGAAAAGUAGAGACUAAGGCAUCAGCCAACAAAUCAAGCGAUAAGAAAGCCAGCACAACAACUGCUACACCAACCAAGGCUGCCAGCAAACAAGAGUCGCCAGUGGCCGCCAAGAAGGCAACGCCCAAGGCAACCAGCAGUGCGGCCAAGGCCACUCGACCCGGACCGGCAUCAACAAAACGCACCGUACUGAAACGUACUUCGGCGGCGGCGAUCAAGGGGGCCACCAAGUCGGCAGCUGAGACAAAAUACAAAAUGCGAGGACGCGGUGGAUAUGUUCCACGUGGAGGUGGCUACGGAACUAUGCGUGGCGGUGGCGGUAACUACUACAACAAUCGCAACUCUAGCAAUUACGUGAAUACGCGUACUCAGGGCAAUUACCGUCCCAACAAUGGACGCUACGAGAACAACUAUAACAACAAUCGGUACAGUGGAGGUGGUGGUGGAGGCGGAGGCAGCGGUAACUCCAAUAAUGAACACUAUGAUAAUCGGAAUCGCGACAAGUUCAAUCAUCAUAAUUCAAGCACUGGUGGACGCUAUGACUCCGGCUCUAGCCACAAGCGUAGCUAUGAUACAUCUAGGGAUCGCAAUGAUGACCGCAAACGGCCUCGUCAAGACGAUUAUCGUCGCACGUCCUCGUCAAAUGAUCACAACGAUCGCCCAUCGUCAUCAUCGCAGAAUAUGGGCUCAUCAUCGUCCAGUUACCAUCCACGCAGCAGCACUGGCGGCGGCGGUGGUGGCAGUGGCAGCGGCGGUGGCGGCAGCUCAAGUUCGUAUAGGCCACGUGAAGAAUCGGGCAGUCAGCGACAUCAACGCGACUCCUCGAUGGGUCCGCCAAAGCGCCCGCUGUUGCGAAGUGUUGCUGGCAGCAAUUAUAUAUCGAGACCGCGAGGCUCAAUGACCAUACGCGGCGGCAUAAUACGCAACAACAUGCGGGGCAUGGGCACCAUGAGGAUUGUGCGUCCACGCAUCAAUGAAUCCAACGAUUUGCGCACCAUGCGCCGCCAGCUGCUCUAUGCCCAGCAAAAAGAUCGGGCACGCUUGCUCAAGAUACAACAGCUGAAAAGCUCGUUGCGUCGUCAACGCCAGGGAGGGAACAGCAGCGGUCGCUCUAGCGAUGACAACGAUGACUCUGAUAACAAGGAUGGCGAUACUGAGAAAAGCAAGAAGAAGAAAGCUAAUGACGAUGAUGAAGGCGAGGAUGAUAAUGAGGAUGAGGAUGACGACAAUGAUGUCAACGACGAGAAAGAUGCAGCCGAUGGAGAUGGAGAGAAGAAGAGCGAGACGACUAAAAAGUCGUCGCCAAGCAAGAAACGCAGCACCAAAACAUCGUCCCAUGAUGAUGCUGAGGGAAAGUCCAAUGAGGCCAAGAUCAAGAAAGAAGAGGUCGAUGACGAUGACCACGAUGCUGGCAAUGAGACGGAGAAAAAGAAGUCCGACGAUGAGGAAGAUGAUGAGGGAGGCAAGACCGAUGAUGCUGGCGAUGCUGCUGAUAAGCCCAAAGAGAAGAGCAAGUCGUCGAGUACAGCCGAAAAGUCGUCAAGUAAAAAGAAGAGGGACAAAGAUGGCGAUGACAAAGAGUCCAAGUCAAAGAAGUCCAGCAAAAAGGAUCGUUCAUCGCGCAAGGAGAAGGACGACAGCGAUGAGGAGCGCAAAGAGCGUCGCACUAGUUCUCGUCAUCGCGACGAGGAUCACAACAAUCUGCGCAAGCGCACGUUCAUCAAGCUCACCUGCGUCCACUGCCGCAUCAAGUGUGUGACCUUUAAGGAAUAUCAUUAUCAUCUCAACUCGCGCACACACAAGAACUCGAUGCGCACAGUGGCGUUGAGGCAACGUGCCGACUUGCAACGCAUGCGCGCCCGUCAACGGACCACACAGCGUGAGAUUGAGGAGAACAGCAAGGAGGAGUACGAGUCGCGCUAUUGCCGCCUUUGUCGUUUGGCCUAUCGCCAACCUAAGAAUCUGCAUCAGGCAUCGGAGCACCACAAGUCCAUUAAGAAGUUCUUGAUGCCCUACUGUGGCUCCUGUCAUUUGGCCUUUAAGAAUGCCAUGCUGUACGAGAACCAUCGCUGCUCCUUGGAGCACAUUCGAAAUAAGGCACGCAAUGAUGAGUCUGGAUCAGAGGACAGCGUGGAUGAGCGUGAGAUAGAUUUGAACAAAUUCCUCACAGUUGAUUCGGUGGGUGAGAUCGAUGAUGACAUCAUGGAUGCCGACGUAGAUGCUAUGCUGCUGGAGGCUGAAACUGCUCAAAAGAGCGAGGAUGAGGAGACACGCAAACGCGGCCUCAUUGGCAUGGACUUUAUUAAGUCUGUGGAAACAUUCUUCUGUGAAUUGUGCAAUCAUUACUCCCAAAAGCAGGGCGAUGUGACCUUGGAGGAGUACAUCAAGAAGCAUUCUCUGCAACACUCGCAUGUUAAGAAAUAUUUGCGACACAAAGAAGAGACUGAGAAAAAGAGUAAAUCCGAAGCGGGCGAUGAUGAAAUGGAGGGCGAUGAAGAUUUGCAUGAACCGAAAGAUAUAGACGAGGCUGAGGCCGAUGAAGAUAUUGAAAUGGACAUGAAGGAAGAUGAUGAAGAUUACGAGGCUGAAGAGGAUGUAGACGAAACUCAUAAUGAUGCACUUUGGGAGGAUGUGGAUAAAGAUCUCGGUGACCUCUUGGCAGAAGUGGAACCACUAGGUCAGGAACACGAGGAGGAUGAAGAUGAGUCCGUCCUGAAUAUUGACAUUGAGAGUGAGAAGAACAAGGCUAACAAGGAUGAGGCCAAUGGCAAUGCUGAUGAGGGAAAAGUAGAGACUAAGGCAUCAGCCAACAAAUCAAGCGAGAAGAAAGCCAGCACAACAACUGCUACACCAACCAAGGCAGCCAGCAAACAAGAGUCGCCAGUGGCCGCCAAGAAAGCAACGCCCAAGGCAACCAGCAGUGCGGCCAAGGCCACUCGACCCGGACCGGCAUCAACAAAACGCAACGUUAUGGUCAGCUUGAAACGCACCUCUGCGGCGGCUAUUAAGGGGGCCACCAAGUCGGCAGCUGAGACAAAAUGAUCCCGAGCAACAGCAGAAAUAGCGAACAGCAAGUCUUUAGUCCAUACACAUGUAGUUAACUGCAACCAAUGAUUUGGUUGCAAUAAACAAACAAAAAAAUGAACAAUUGAAAUUCAACUUUUACAUUGUAAUAUGUAUGGCUGAAAGCUGCACAAUGUGUGCGAGUCAUGUUUAAUAAAUUUAAACUUAAAUCAACUAAACAAA